AUGAUUACGGUCAUGUCUAUAAGUAGCACUCCAAGCGAUGCCCAAUGCAGGACUACGUCUAAGAAAACACAGCUUCACAAACGUCUGCGCGCUUGUCUUCCGCACUUUCACACGACAGAGACGGAAACAAGUGGACAUGAAGUGCAAGAAAUGGAGUUUGCCGUGAAGACACCGUCCUCACCUGCAAGUAUGUCGACGCCCAGUCGCCGUCUAGACAUCGAUAGUACGAACCGUUCCUGGUCUGUCAAAGAGGAUGUGCCUUUCUUUUCGAUCAAGGCCAGCCAAUGUCAGCGCAAACGCCGCCAACAUAGCUCGUCUCCAUGCGCGUCUCUUUAUUCUGCGUCCUCUUCAUCCUCAACGUCGUCUACGUUCUCAGUAGCCAAAAAGGGUGUCACAUACGGUCAAAACGGUACACUAAUGUCCUGCCGCUUUUGCAACAUUUUAGAGUCUGGCGACGAGGUUUUUCUAUACGAGGACGAAGAUGUAGUCGUCUUUCGACCCCUGGCCCCCGUGGUGUCAAGCCACAUCCUAGUGGUACCGCGUCGUCACAUUCGUAACGUGAACAAACUGACAUUGGAGGAUACGACGCUGCUACAUCGUAUGCGCGAGGUCGCUACAAUGGUGCUUCGGGAAAUGCCACGCCCUUCAGUGAUGCCAGAUCUUUUGAAGGCGGAGCGAGUUGAUGAUGCUGCAGAAGAUUGCACCGACGAGGAAGGUGCUGAAUCGGAUUACAAGUUUGCGUUCCACUCACCACCAUUCAACAGCAUUGACCAUGUCCACAUGCACGCGUUCCGCACGCGCGACGGACGUUUUGGCUGUGUCGGAUCUAUCAAGUACCGCACUGAAACUUGGUGGUGCCGCUCAUUCGACGAGGUCAUGACCCGUCUGGGUCUUAGAAACUGCAAGCAGCGUAAUAACGAGGAAAGAGUGGAGUCGAUCACGCAAAAGAAAGAGCACAGACGAAGGCAUCACGUCAGCCACCCACUCCGUGAUAGUACCAACGAAUCGAUGAUAUUGACGGCGGUCGAGAGUCUAGGCUAA